CUGAGACAUCUCUCCUCAACUCAACAAAAACCCAACUCCUGAGAUCAUGGCUUGCUGUGCUCCCUACUGCUGCAGUGUCCCCAGCGGCCCUGCCACCACCAUCUGCUCCUCUGACAAAUUCUGUCGGUGCGGAGUCUGCCUGCCCAGCACCUGCCCACAUGAGAUCAGCCUCCUCCAGCCCAUCUGCUGUGACAACUGCCCCCCACCCUGCUGUGAGCCUGACACCUAUGUGCCAACUUGCUGGCUGCUCAACUCUUCCCACCCGUCUCCUGGACUGAGUGGGAUCAACCUGACGACCUAUGUUCAUCCUGGCUGUGAAAAUUCCUGUGGGCCCCGCUGUUAAGCAGCCACAUCUUUGCACAGGUUCAGUGAUGUGCUGUUCAACGUCUUAUGCAUCAUCCAGCCUUCAACACUCGCUAUUGGACUAAAUCAAUCCCAAUGGCCCAGGGCAGUGUUAUCAUGCAUUUUCCCAACUUCUUAAUUUUUUCUUCUUUUGAGUAGAGUUGGAGACCUUCUUUCUGUCUUUUAGGGUAUUUCACUGUUCUUUGGGAAAGAACCAUUUUGACUAUGCAUUAAUAAACUUCAUUCUUAUCUAGCAAA